CACAGCUCCCCAUUACACAAUGGUAUAUUUACGCAAAAUCUGGAUAUCUCACAAAGUGAUGACUCUAUCGACUAUAGAUUACCAACAAACAUUAAACCCCUUUCGUAUGAUAUUAUGCUGACUCCAAGAUUUGAUAACUUUUCAUUUACUGGAGUAGCAAAAAUUGAAGCUAUAGUAGAAAGUGAGACUAACAAUAUUACGCUGCAUGUGGGAAAAAUUACAAUUGAAACUGUGAAUAUUAUAACAUACGCGGCAGAUGCAGCCUUGGAGACUUCGUAUGACAAUAUUACUGAAAAAUACACUAUCACCGUUCCCCGUACACUUCCGAAAAAUAAGAAUAUGGUAAUUAGCUUUGCGUACAGUGGAAUCUUGUCCGACGACAUGAUCGGAUUUUAUAGGAGUUCUUAUUUCGACAAAAAUGGAGAAUUGAAAUGGCUAGCUGCAACACAAUUUGAAUCGACACACGCGAGACAUGCCUUUCCAUGCUUCGACGAGCCGAGUUUUAAGGCAAAAUUUAUAAUAAGAAUAGCAAGAGACGAUGAGUAUAAGACUAUCAGUAAUAUGCCAAUGAUAAAAAGUGAAAGAUUAAUACCUGGUGGCAAGAUCUGGGAUGUUUUCGAUCAAAGCGUCCCAAUGUCUACUUACUUAGUGGCUUUUGUGAUUGCGGAAUUCGAGUAUCGUGAAGAUAUUUCAAAUCCAUUUAAAUUUAAAGUAUGGUCCAAACCAUCCACUGUCAGUCAGACCCAAUAUGCUUUGGAAAUCGGCACUGCAGCACUCAAUUUGUUUGGUGAUAAAUUUCAUCAAAGUUAUACACUUCCUAAGAUGGAUAUGGUAGCCGUACCUGAUUUUGAUGCCGGAGCUAUGGAAAAUUGGGGAUUGGUGACAUAUCGCGAGAGGUAUAUGCUGUAUGAUGAAGAAGAAUCAUCGGCAUUAGCUCAGCAGGAUGUGGCUUCCGUGAUCGCUCACGAACUCGCGCAUAUGUGGUUCGGGAAUUUAGUAACACCAGAAUGGUGGAGCUACCUUUGGCUUAGCGAAGCAUUUGCUUCGUACUUUGAAUACUUCGGUACUGCGGAGCUCAUGGAAGCAUGGAACAUGAAGGAACAAUUCGUAGUAGAUCAACAUCAACCUGCAUUAAUAGCGGACGGUCUUGAAUCUUCUCUUCCGAUGACUCGGGACGUUUCCAGUACAUCGCAAAUCGCACAAACGGGAGAUUCUAUUACCUAUAACAAAGGAGCCAGUAUUCUGCGUAUGAUGAGUCUCAUAUUCGGAAAUGAAAUUUUUGAAGAAGCAUUGAGAAGCUAUAUACAAAAUAACAAAGAGAAAGGAUUAGGUCAUCCAGACGCUUUGUGGGAAGCAAUAAAAAAUCAAAUAAAUGACGAAACAGAUCCAAAAAUAAACAUUGACGUAAAAACAGUAAUGGAUUCUUGGACUACAAAAGCCGGAUACCCUGUUAUAACAAUCGGUAUUAAUGACAAUGGUGUAUUGAAUAUUACUCAAGAACGUUUUCUUCUGAGAAAUUUCGAUGAAACUUCUACGGAUAUCACCUGGUUUGUCCCACUAACGUUUGCUACACAAAGCAAACCAGAUUUCAAUGACAUGCUCCCAAAAUAUUGGAUAUCUACCGCAAGAAGCACCGUUUAUUACGAAAUUGAUCCAAAAGAAUGGGUUAUAUUCAAUGUUCAAUCAUCGGGCUUUUAUCGUGUAAAUUAUAACAACCGUGGAUGGCAAAACAUUUUCGAUGUCUUGAAAAACGGCAAUCUCGAUGAUAUUCAUGUAUUAAAUAGAGCCGCCAUUGUAGACGAUCUAUUAAAUCUGGGUAGAGCAGGAUAUCAAAAUUAUGAUAUGAUUCUCGAUGGAUUACUUUAUCUUAAAAAAGAAACUAAUUAUCUGCCCUUCAAAGCAGCAUUUAAUGGUUUCGAAUAUCUAAAUAAGCGAUUUGAAGGAUACAAACUUCCAUACUCCUUUUUUAAGUCAUAUGUCUUGUCUCUUAUCGAUUCCAUAAACGUUGAACUAGGAUAUGAAGAUAACGAAAAUGAUGACAGAUUUACAGUUUUGUUACGACAAGAGGUGAAUAAUUGGCUCUGUAAUAAAUUUGACAAUAACGAAUGUGUAAUGAAUUACAUAGAGAAAUACAAACAGUGGAGAGAACAUGCUACUGCUCGCAUCAAACCGAAUGAAAGACCCAUAGCAUACUGCACAGCCAUAAAACAUGGAACUUCUGAAGAUUGGGAAUUUUUGUGGCAGGAAUACAUUGAUUCCGAUUGUGCGACCGACCAAAUGGUCAUUUUAAAAGCUUUGGGAUGCAGUCAGAAUACUACUAUCUUGGAAAAGUAA